UAUAUCAACCUCAAUUCAUUACUUGAUAACUUUCGAAUCUGAUUAGUUCCUUACUGAAAAGAAAAAUGGCUAAGAAUGUAAUAUUUAUGUUAGGACUCUUAUUAUUAGCUAUGGUUGUUCUAAGUCCUUCAAAGAUAGCUGCUACUAGAGAUUAUCCUGAGAUUUCUUCUAACUCUAAAGCAGAAAUAUCAAAAUCAAAUGACAAUGAAGAUGAAGGUUCUGGUGAGAUAGGAGGAGUUAAGCUGGACAUUCCACCAGGUUGCCGUGUAUGCUGCGAUUAUCGGAAUUUCUGCAAAAUUUGUUUUUGCAAGAUACCUCCUCCGGCUCCUAGCAUAGCUACUGAACAAUAAUAACAAUUUAUGAGA